AUGUCGUUUGCCGGGAGAACUCUGAAUGUGCUUGGCCGAUCCGCCAUCCGUACGCGCUGUACGGCUUUACAGCGUUACCGUGGAGACUUUUCGAAUGCACCAGGAGAUGUGAGUAUGCCAUGAUUGUAAUUAUAAUGUAGCCUCUUGUGAGUAAUUCGAUUCGUUUUCCCAUCAUUGAACUACAAAAUUUCGACGGAUGUGUAACUCGAGCUUAUAUUGUGAUCAACGUUGAUAUAGCUGUAACAGUGGUGCUGUUCAUAACAGUCUUCUUCCAAAUUUUAGUUUUUGUGGUUCAUACGUUUUGUAAGUUGUUUUACACCCAGACGCCGCUUCUUCUUAACGCCGGAUUCUUGCGUGAAAUCCUGAUAUUUUAGCUUUUCAAUUGAUAUUUACUGAAGCUGAUCUGGGUUGAAGAUCAGUCGAUGUUACCGACGAUUAACCAAGCGCCACGGAGGUUUUCUUCGUAAUGACUUCGAACCGAUUUAAGUCAUAUCAUAUCGGAGUGAAUGACUCAAUUGUGUUCCCAAAGGAAUGAAAUAAAUGAGAGACGCACUGAUAUAUUCACCUACACAGUUAAUUAACCCUUAAACUCUCAGAUUAAAUUUGUAAUCUCUUUACCCUCAACCAUACAAUUCUUGUAAUGUUAGUUCAGAGAAUUUAGUAUUGGAUCAACUUAUUAUUCCCAAAUUGAUAUUUUUCUUUAUUCUCAUUCCUUAUCUGGUUGAUAUUGUAUUGAUAUCGUCAGGAUAAAUUUUGUCUUGGUCACUCAUGGGAGUUUAAGGGUUAACUACUCUAGGGUUUUCACUUGUAAGAAUAUGAUAGUGGAGUCAGAUCAUCUAGGUGAGUGUAGUUUAGUUUAGUUGUGAUGUUGUUGGUUGUAGAUAUGAUCAUUUGGUAAAGUUAGGUUAUUCUGUUCAACUUGUUUGUGAUGUCAGUGUUGCGAAAGUUGUUUGUGUAGUGUCAGUAAUAGUUGACACCUGUUGAAGGGAGUCUGUUGUAAGUUAGUAAACCAGUUUUCAAGAGUCCAUCGCUCAAAGUAAAUAGUGGCGUAGGAUAGCACCACCAAACUAUAACCCAUACUAAUGACUGAGUACUUGUAUUGUGAUAUGCAAUUUGUCAUUAUUCAUGUUUCUAGAAUAUGCCUUUCCAAGUAAAGAACAAGCCUAGGCUUCUGGCAACCAUGAUCCUCUAUCUAGGAACAUGCUUUACUCUUCCUUUCAUCUGUGUGAGAUUCCAAAUGGCAAAGCAGAAAGGUGAUUGA